CUUUCAACCAACAGCCUGUCAUGUCGUCCUCAACCACAAACACUAUGGAGAUCGAGUCGAGCGAUGUAAUUCGGCUUAUCCAACAGUUUCUGAAGGAGAAUAAUUUGCUCAACACAUUGGCAGCGCUUCAGGAGGAGACAACGGUGGUCCUCAAUACUGUGGAUAGCAUUGAGGCAUUUACGUCCGAAAUUUUGCAAGGGAACUGGGAUAAUGUUUUGCGUGUUGUGUCGCAACUCAAGAUUCCAGAAAAGAAGUUAAUGGACUUGUAUGAACAGAUCGUAAUUGAACUUGUAGAAAUGCGCGAAAUCGGCACAGCUCGAACGCUUCUUCGUCAGACCACACCAACACAGUUACUCAGGGAUCAGUUCCCGGAUCGGUAUUUGCAUCUAGAGCAUGUCUUGUCACGUACCCAUUUCGACCCCAGGGAAGCUUAUCCUAAUGGUGUUUCAAAAGAGAAGCGGAGACAGAUCAUUGCGCAAGCGUUAUCAAGUGAAGUCACAGUGGUGGCACCCUCGAGACUGGUCACAUUGUUAGGACAGGCCCUCAAAUUCCAAGAACAACAAGGAAUGUUGCCACCAGAUUCCGCAUACGAUCUCUUUAGAGGCACAGUUCCUGUUGUUCAAGCAGAGACAGAUGAUGUGCCUAUCAAAUGCUACAAUACAAUCAAGUUCCCCAAGAAACAGCAUGCUGAAUGUGUAGCAUUCUCUCCAAAUGGACAAUAUCUCGUCACAGGAAGUAUGGAUGGCUUUAUUGAAAUUUGGAACUAUCUUACAGCAAAACUCCGAAAGGAUUUGAAAUACCAAGCCGAGGAUAAUUUGAUGGCUAUGGAAAGCGCGGUUUUGUGCCUCGCUUUCAGUAAAGAUAGCGAAAUGCUAGCAUCGGGGGCACAGGAUGGAAAGAUCAAGGUGUGGAAGAUUCAAACAGGCCAAUGUCUUCGACGCUACUCACCAGCUCAUCAAGGUGGUGUAACUUCGAUCUGUUUCUCACCUGAUGGAACUCAAGUUCUCAGUACUUCAUUUGAUCUUACAAUUCGCUUACAUGGCCUUAAAUCUGGCAAAAUGCUAAGAGAGUUCAGAGGCCAUACAUCGUUUGUGAAUCAUGCAGCCUUCUCCCUCGACGGGACACAAGUCAUGAGCUCAAGUUCUGAUGGUACCAUCAAGAUCUGGGAUUAUAAAACUGCCAACUGCCUAAAAUCUUUCUCACCGCAUGAUGGAACAGGGACGAUGGCAGGUGUUGCAGGAUUAACAGUCAAUUCAUGUAUUCCAUUUCCUAAACCGAAUCAAAUCCUUGUCUGCAUGAAGUCCCCCACAGCCUAUUUGUUGACGAUGGAAGGUGAACCUAUUCGCAAAUUCACGUCUCCAGAAAGUCAAACAGAAGGAGCGGUCAAAGACCUGGGAGCAGCAGCAGCGGCAAGAGCAGCAGGCACUGUUGGAGAUGGACCUGAUGCCAAGAAAGAAGGGCUGGGUGUGCCCAUGACAGAUUACUUGGCCUUGACGUUGUCACCCCAAUCGGAAAUUGUCUACUGUUUAGCAGAGAACAGCCAGGUGCAUGCUUUCUAUUCCGACACUGGGAAAUGGAUAAAGUCGGUUCCUGUGGUGGAAGGCGAGGUCAUUGGGAUGGCAUCGCAUCCGUCCUCUAAUAUCUUGGCUGUCAACACUGUUGAUGGGCGUGUACUCUUGUGGAAGGCAUAGAGAGAAAGGAAAGAAUAAAUGAGUAGAAAAGUUAAUUUUCUUCAUACAGUAUUAACCUUUUGAUUACCAAUUGCUAUGAUCUGCUGGAUGUGAAGAGCUAUUUAGAAAUAGGGCCAUCCUAGGAAGAAAGCACCAAGGCAAUGUUUGUUUAUGUUUU